CUCUCUCCCCGCUGAUAGGGUGACGUUCAGUUUGGAGGCUUGGAGAUUGGCUUUUUGAUUUGGCUUCUUGCGGCAGCUUAAUGGGCAAAGCUCUGGGCUCGCCCAGAAACCAGCCUCUCCGCGCGUCCCCUCUGCGCGCAGCGAAGCCGAGACGUCCCCCGCGGUGACAGCGUGCAAGGCGGUGAGCCGGCGCGCUCGCAGCCCCGGGAAAGCCCAGGCGACGCGACCGCAAGCCCAAGCCCGGGUCCCUCGGAGACGCCUGGGAGCGCCGGGCUGCUCGUCUUCCUGCCCCUCCCGGCAGGGAUCCCCCGCCGCCCGCAGCCGGGACUCCGGGCCUCUCCCGGGCGUAGUCUCCAGCCCGCGCUCCCGGUCGGGGUUUUCCCUCUUAAAGCGGCUUAGAAGGACCCCUCUCUGGGUCCCCUCGCCCUGGCCCCUGCCACCCUCCCGCCCAGACCUCGCGCUCCAGAUGCGCUGCCCCGCAGCUCCCUGACAGCUGCGAGCCCACGAGCCCCGGCGGGCGGGUGGCGGCGGCGGCGGCGGCGGCAGACUGACAUGCCCCGGACACCGCUGCGGCCGGCGGGCAGCCCGCGGGGGCGAUGAGCCUCUGCGGCCGGUGAGGAGCCCGGCGGCGGGCGCAUCGCGCACCUUCCUCGCCCCCGUCACUUGCCCACUCUGCUCGGGAGGCCAAGAGGAAACGGUCUCUGGCCUGUCAGGAGGACCAUUGGUGCUGCGGUAGAAGCCAGCGGCUAAGUCUUGUGUAUGGCGUGGUUAAGGUUGCAGCUUCUCACCUCUGCCUUCUUCCAUUUUGGGCUGAUUACCUUUGUGCUCUUCCUGAAUGGUCUUCGGGCAGAGGCUGGUGGCUCAGGGGAUGUGCCAAGCACAGGGCAGAACAAUGAAUCCUGUUCAGGGUCAUCGGACUGCAAGGAGGGUGUCAUCCUACCAAUCUGGUACCCGGAGAACCCUUCCCUUGGGGACAAGAUUGCCAGGGUUAUUGUCUAUUUUGUGGCCCUCAUAUACAUGUUCCUUGGGGUUUCCAUCAUUGCUGACCGCUUCAUGGCAUCUAUUGAAGUCAUAACUUCUCAAGAGAGGGAGGUGACUAUCAAAAAGCCCAAUGGAGAGACCAGCACAACCACCAUUCGGGUCUGGAAUGAAACUGUCUCCAAUCUGACCCUUAUGGCCCUUGGUUCUUCUGCUCCUGAGAUACUUCUCUCUUUAAUUGAGGUGUGUGGUCAUGGGUUCAUUGCUGGUGACCUGGGACCUUCUACCAUCGUAGGCAGUGCAGCCUUCAACAUGUUCAUCAUCAUUGGCAUCUGUGUCUAUGUGAUCCCCGAUGGAGAGACUCGCAAGAUCAAGCACCUACGAGUCUUCUUUGUCACCGCCGCAUGGAGUAUCUUUGCAUACAUCUGGCUCUAUAUGAUCCUGGCAGUCUUCUCACCUGGUGUGGUCCAGGUUUGGGAAGGCCUUCUCACUCUCUUCUUCUUUCCAGUGUGUGUUCUUCUAGCCUGGGUGGCAGAUAAACGACUGCUCUUCUACAAAUACAUGCACAAAAAGUACCGCACAGAUAAACAUCGAGGAAUUAUCAUAGAGACAGAGGGUGACCACCCUAAAGGCAUUGAGAUGGAUGGGAAAAUGAUGAAUUCCCAUUUCCUGGAUGGGAACCUAGUGCCCCUGGAAGGGAAGGAAGUGGAUGAAUCCCGCAGGGAGAUGAUCAGGAUUCUAAAGGACCUGAAGCAAAAGCACCCAGAGAAGGACUUAGAUCAGUUGGUGGAGAUGGCCAAUUACUAUGCUCUUUCCCACCAACAGAAGAGCCGCGCCUUCUACCGUAUUCAAGCCACCCGUAUGAUGACUGGUGCAGGCAAUAUCCUUAAGAAACAUGCAGCAGAACAAGCCAAGAAGUCCUCCAGCAUGAGCGAGGUGCACACCGACGAGCCUGAGGACUUCAUCUCCAAGGUCUUCUUUGACCCAUGUUCUUACCAGUGCCUGGAGAACUGUGGGGCUGUACUCCUGACAGUGGUGAGGAAAGGGGGGGACAUAUCCAAGACCGUGUAUGUAGACUACAAAACAGAGGAUGGUUCUGCCAAUGCAGGGGCUGACUAUGAGUUCACAGAGGGCACUGUGGUUCUGAAACCCGGAGAGACACAGAAAGAGUUCUCUGUGGGUAUCAUUGAUGAUGACAUUUUUGAGGAGGAUGAACAUUUCUUUGUGAGGUUGAACAAUGUCCGUAUAGAGGAGGAACAGCCAGAGGAGGGGAUGCCUCCAACAAUAUUCAACAAUCUUCCCUUGCCUCGGGCUGUCCUAGCAUCCCCUUGUGUGGCCACAGUUACUAUCUUGGAUGAUGACCAUGCAGGCAUCUUCACUUUUGAAUGUGAUACUAUUCAUGUCAGUGAGAGUAUUGGUGUUAUGGAGGUCAAGGUUCUACGGACAUCAGGUGCCCGGGGUACAGUCAUUGUCCCCUUUAGGACAGUAGAAGGGACAGCCAAGGGUGGUGGUGAGGAUUUUGAAGACACAUAUGGGGAGCUGGAAUUCAAGAAUGACGAGACUGUGAAAACCAUAAGGGUUAAAAUAGUAGAUGAGGAGGAAUACGAAAGGCAAGAGAAUUUCUUCAUUGCCCUUGGUGAACCGAAAUGGAUGGAACGUGGAAUAUCAGCGCUCCUGUUAUCUCCAGAGGUGACAGACAGGAAGCUGACUAUGGAGGAAGAGGAGGCCAAGAGGAUAGCAGAAAUGGGAAAGCCAGUAUUGGGUGAACACCCCAAACUAGAGGUCAUCAUUGAAGAGUCAUACGAGUUCAAGACUACAGUGGACAAACUGAUCAGGAAGACAAACCUGGCCUUGGUGGUGGGGACCCAUUCCUGGAGGGACCAGUUCAUGGAGGCUAUCACCGUCAGCGCAGCAGGGGAGGAGGAUGAGGAUGAAUCCGGGGAGGAGAGGCUGCCAUCCUGCUUUGACUACGUCAUGCACUUCCUGACGGUCUUCUGGAAGGUGCUGUUUGCCUGCGUGCCCCCCACAGAGUACUGCCACGGCUGGGCCUGCUUCGUGGUCUCCAUCCUCAUCAUUGGCAUGCUCACCGCCGUCAUUGGGGACCUGGCCUCCCACUUCGGCUGCACCAUUGGUCUCAAGGAUUCAGUCACAGCGGUGGUUUUUGUGGCGUUUGGCACCUCUGUGCCAGAUACGUUUGCCAGCAAAGCCGCUGCCCUCCAGGACGUGUACGCAGACGCCUCCAUUGGCAAUGUGACGGGCAGCAACGCUGUCAACGUCUUCCUGGGAAUCGGCCUGGCCUGGUCCGUGGCCGCCAUCUACUGGGCCCUGCAGGGACAGGAGUUCCACGUGUCCGCUGGCACGCUGGCCUUCUCCGUCACCCUCUUCACCAUCUUUGCGUUUGUCUGCAUCAGCGUGCUCUUGUACCGACGGCGGCCCCACCUGGGCGGGGAGCUCGGUGGCCCCCGUGGCUGCAAGCUUGCCACGACGUGGCUCUUUGUGAGCCUGUGGCUCCUCUACAUACUCUUUGCCACGCUGGAGGCCUAUUGCUACAUCAAGGGGUUCUGAGCCACAGAGCAAGGCCUCCGGCAGGGCAGGCCUGGGACCUCCCGGAUGAGAUGGGCACCUCCCCACCAGUGACCUCUCCAGGAUGAGCAGCCGUGGAGAGGCAGCAUCAGGACCUGAGCCCCAGAACCUCACCCGACCUAGGCCCUGGCAGUGAACUGAAAGGGCAAAGUCUUAAUCAACCAGAACGGGGGAAUCGCCCACUUGACAAAGUAUUUAAUUAAAUACAAACAACAGCAACAAAUCCACCUCCACCCAUCUUUCUGCUCUUGUCCCUGACCCACAGCGAAGGUCAGACGCCUUCCCCUCCUUCUGCUGCACCUUCUCCUGCUUAUUCUUGUGGCCUCUCGUUUCUUUGGGGGCAGGUUUCUCUGUCUAAUUCAGUGCGUCCCUGUUAUCUCAUGCAGCUGGCAAGGCGCAAAAAUGAGUCAGAUGCAUGUGGCAGGUUUGGGUUCUCUUUUCAUUGUGAUCAUUAUUGUGUUUGCUUUGUUUUUCCAUGGGUUUUUGCUUAUUGUUCUGUUUUGUCUUUUCUUCGUGAAGUUGAGUGAUAGAGGUGCCGUGAAGGAACCUCAGGGCUGAGUCGACUGACAGAAGCAUGAGUUUUCAGACCCCCGCCCUCCCGCUCCCAUGGCGUAACGGCGGGCUCUUGGCUCCUUUGGGUGCUGGCCCUGCCUCCCAGUUUCCUCUGGGUUCCUUGGAGGACUGGGGGCAUGUGGGCGGAAGUAGGCUUGCGCCCCGUGGGGGCAAAGAACAGGGGCUUCACCCGGAGCAGGAGGAGUUUUUAUGUGCUAAUGUCGAAAUCAAGUCACAGACAAAAUGCAAUUGCCCUCUCCCCUGCCCAAGCCUGCCCCAUUCUGUAUGCCUUGUUUUGUUGACGUCUACAUGUGUAUCCAUCUGCAGGGAGCCCCUCCAAGUGGGAGAGAUGGGCCAGAAAUAGGGACGGUGUGCAAUGACAAAGGCUGAGAACAAAAGGAAACAUGCUUUCCUGGAUCUCUUCGGCUUUGCACCUGAGGCAGGAGAGGGGCGAUGUCCAACCAGGAGGAUCUUAAUAGGGAAAGAUUCUAUUUUAAAUGUCAGUGUUUCUGAGAAAUGUCAGCUUCACCACGCCCCGCCCUCUUCCUAAUGUUCUAUACGAAGACGGCUGACCGUAUUCCUUGAAGUGGUUUAAAAACCUAGAGGUUUAUAAGAGAACAAGGGGCUGCUCCCUCCUCUCCUGGUCCCUCAGGUCACAUGUGAGAGCAUUUACACAAGACAGGAACUGGGAAUCCUCAUUUCUCCCACGUUCCUGCUUGUUUUUAAACUUCAUGAAGCUCUUUUUUCCAGCCUCUGGGGUAUUUCUUGCCCCAGGAAGAGGAAUCUUAGUUGCCAUAAUCCCAUGGAGCCUGGGUUUUUAGACACAGAGAUUGCCGUACCCUGCAGAACUUUUCCCAACAAAUUUUGAAAGGACCUGGCUUUAAAACACACACACAUAGAUAACCACACAUACGACAUCAUCACGAAACUGCCCACACACCUUUAAGGCUUUCUGCAGUGACAUAAAUACAUUUUCUAAGGGGGAAAAAAUAAAUUAAAAAACACCUGUUUAAUUUUAAACACUUUUUUAAAGAAAAAAACUAAAAAAGAAACAGUGCUUGUGUCAUAAACUACGUUGACCGUUGCCAGUAGAAAUGUUGGGUUGGUUAAAAAAAAAUAAUAAAAGCUAUACUUAUAUCUCUCUA